AUGAAGUUCGCUACUUCGCUCGCGGCCGUUGCGGCCUUGGUGCAGAGCACCUCUGCUCACUAUAUCUUUCAGCAGCUUAGCGUUGGGUCGACCAAGUAUCCCGUCUUUCAGUACAUUCGUCAGAACUCGAACUACAACUCUCCUGUUACUGACUUGGACUCUAACGACCUUCGAUGUAAUGUCGGUGCCUCGGGUACCAACACCCAGACCGUUGGAGUUAAGGCCGGCGACUCGAUCACCUUCACUCUUGACACUGCUGUCUACCACCAAGGACCGAUUUCAGUUUACAUGUCCAAGGCCCCUAGCACUGCCUCGUCGUACGAUGGAAGCGGUGGGUGGUUUAAGAUCAAGGACUGGGGCCCGACCUUCAGUGGCAGUUCUUCGUCGUGGCCCAUGUACCUCAGCUACACUUUCAACCUUCCCACUUGUAUUGCCAACGGCGAAUACCUUCUUCGGAUCCAGAGUCUAGGCAUUCACAACCCUUGGCCUGCGGGUAUUCCUCAGUUCUACAUCAGCUGCGCCCAGAUUAGUGUCACUGGUGGAGGCAGCACUGUUCCCAGCAACCAGGUCAAGAUUCCUGGUGCUUUCAAGGAAACCGACCCUGGAUACACCGCCAACAUUUACUCCAACUUCAACAGCUACACUAUCCCUGGACCUGCAGUGCUCAAGUUCGAUUGCAAUGGUGCCCCAGGCGGUGAUAAUGGUGGCGGCAGCACUACGACUCUACAGACCUCUACCCGAGCGUCAUCUACACAAGUUCCUCCCGUAUCGACUCAACCAUCUGGCCAGUGCGCUCUUCUGUGGGCCCAGUGCGGCGGAAACACUUGGACCGGUCCAAAGUGCUGUGCCACUGGAACGUGCAAGGCGCUCAACGACUACUACUCUCAGUGCACCACUUAA